AUGUCAAGCUCACCAGAAAGGCGCCAGGUGGCAUACGGAAGGCACCAUGAGCUCCAAAACAUAAUCAUAUCUCCUAUUGAUUCAAACCCGGACGGAUACUGGGUAGUGCAGGUCAUCCAAACAGAGAGCUCACCGCAAGGCCACAGCUACAUCCACGGCGGCGCUUGGCGUGACCCGACCAUCACAGCAUCCUCUUUCGAGCCCACCGAAGCCCUCCUUCGAAGCUACCCGGGCCUGCCAAUAUCCGGCUUUGCCUCGAUCUCGUACCGACUGAGCGCGCAUCCCGACUACCCACAGAAUAAGAAGGAGACCCCAGUCACUCAAUAUCGCGAUGCGAAACAUCCGGAUCAUAUCCGCGAUGUAGAAGCUGCGCUGGCAUUUCUGCAGAAUACGUAUAAUUUCGGGCCUCGCUACAUUCUGGUCGGACAUAGCUGCGGUGCGACGUUAGCUUUUCAAGCGGUCAUGGGUGCUGUCGCGGGGCACCGUGAGCAGUCGUUCAAUGGGGCUGAGGACUCCGGCAUAGACGUGGAGCAGGUCUCUAUGUCUCCUGCUCCCUUGCCGCCGAAGUUGACUGCACAUCCGAUGGCUAUCGUUGGAGUGGCGGGAAUAUAUGACCUGCGGAAGCUCCAAAAUGACCAUCGCGAUUCACCUGCUUAUCGAGAGAUCAUCGAGGGGGCUUUCGGGACGGAUGAGUUACUGUGGGAUGCUGUAUCACCCGCGCAGAUGGAAGGAUCACGCGGGAUAGAAGGUGGAUGGAAGACGGGGAGACUGGUCGUGCUGGCGCAUUCGAAGGAUGAUGAGCUCGUAGACGAGGGCCAGCAAACCGCACUUCUAGAAGCGUUAAAGGGCUGGGAAUCGAAGGAGGCCCAGAUCCCUAAACGAGAGUUGGCCCAUCGGAUUCGACAUGUUCGCUUCCUGCCCAUUAGUGGCGGGCAUGAUGAAGCAUGGAGCAUUGGGGAAGAGCUUGCUCGAGCAGUCAAAUUUACUUUCGUGGAAUUGCAGAAAAUGGGAAUUGCUCCAGAGCCGGAAUUCCUGGGCGGGAGCGAAAGGGUCUGA